UAUUAUUGUAAUAGAAUCGCACUAAUGUUUCCUUGGAAGAAGGGAAAGAGAGGGGUUGUAACAGGAUUCUCCAAUUCCUCUCUCUCGCUCUCUGCAACCUCUCCUUAGGUUUUUCUCCUCCUCCUUCUUCUACGAUGACGACGAAAAAUUCUUCUCCAUUUUGCGUUCGUCGGAAUUAAUCGUGUUAGGUACAUGGUUGUGCAUGUUUGGUAGCCAAGUUGAAAUGUUAGAUUUGGGAAUUUUCAUUUUGAGGUUCAUUACGAGCCCGGAUGCUUCUAUUGCUUCUAUUUUUGGAUGGCUGAUCACUGGAUCGUUUGGACUUGUGGCCGUCGUAUAUGCUGUUCUCAAGUGGCAGCGAAGGGCGUCUUUGAAUUGGAUUAAAGCUGCGGCUAGGGAAAAGAAGAAAGUUUGGAAGAAAUUUAAAGUGCCGCUAUCAGAUCAUUUGUGGGUUGAGGAUUUUACUUAUGGGGAACAGCCAUCCACUUGUUGUUUCUGUUUGACUUCUCUAUGGCCUUCUCAAAAUUUAGGUGCAACAGCCUCACUGCAUACUCCUCUCCAUCGUUGCUCGGUUUGUGGCGUCGCAGCUCAUUUUCUUUGUUCUCCAUUUGCUGCAAAGGAUUGCAAAUGUGUGGCUCAGGCUGGUUUUAGUCAUAUUAGACACCAUUGGUCAGAAAGAUGGGUUAAUAUAGAUGAUCAUCAUGAGAUGUCUACCUUCUGCUUUUAUUGUGACGAAGCGUGUGGUGUCCCAUUUGUGAAAUCCUCUCCUACAUGGCAUUGCCGUUGGUGUCAACGCCUCAUUCAUGUGAAGUGUCAUAACAAAUUGACUAGAGAUUCUGGUGAUUUUUGUGAUUUGGGUUCUUUGAGACCUAUUGUCCUCUCUCCUCUCUGUGUCAAAGAAGUUGAUGAAGAUCAAAAGGGAGGGAAGUUAAGUUCUAUUAUAACCUCUUCCGUUCGCGGUCAGAUUAGAAAGCGGCGUAACAAUAAUAAAAAUGGAGGUGGUUGCCAUGCUAAUGGUAAGUCACGAGGUUCCUCCGUUGCUGAUGCAUCAUUAUUAGAAUAUGUGUUGAAUGGUUUCCACCGGAAAAAGUACAAAGAUGGGAAGCUCUUCGAUCCCACAAACAAUGGUAGAGUAUUAGGGAAUGGUUUAAUUGCUACCCCUGGCCAAAUCAAGAAAUACACAUUGGUUGAUUUGCCAAAUGAUGCAAGGCCACUUUUGGUCUUUAUCAAUACCAGAAGUGGUGGGCAGCUAGGGCCUUCUCUUCACAGAAGAUUGAAUAUGCUACUAAAUCCUGUUCAGGUCUUUGUAUUGAGUGCUUCUCAAGGUCCUGAGGUAGGCCUUGACUUGUUCAAAAGUGUACCAUAUUUUAGAGUGUUGGUAUGUGGUGGGGAUGGCACUGUUGCGUGGGUCCUUGAUGCUAUAGAAAAACACAAUUUUGAGUCACCUCCACCCGUUGCAAUUAUUCCCCUAGGCACAGGAAAUGAUUUAUCCAGGGUACUUAAUUGGGGAAGAGGCUUCUCUGCACUUGAUGGACAGGGUGGGUUGACCAUGCUUUUGCAUGACAUAAGCAAUGCUGCAGUUACUAUGCUAGAUCGUUGGGAAGUUAAACUUGCAGAAGAAAUCUCUGAAGGAAAACAUCAUAUAGUGAAAACUAAAUCCAUGAUGAACUACCUAGGUAUUGGAUGUGAUGCAAAGGUUGCGUAUGAAUUUCAUGUUACCCGAGAGAUAAAUCCCGAAAAAUUUAGUAGUCAGUUUUUGAAUAAAUUACGAUAUGCAAAAGAAGGAGCAAGAGACAUCAUGGACAGAACUUGUGCUGACUUGCCAUGGCAAGUAUGGCUUGAAGUUGACGGGCAAGACAUUGACAUUCCCAAGGAUUCAGAGGGUUUAAUUGUGCUAAACAUUGGGAGCUACAUGGGUGGAGUAGAUCUUUGGCAAAAUGACUAUGAGCAUGAUGACGAUGAUUUUAGUCUUCAAUCCAUUCAUGACAAAAUGCUUGAAGUAGUGUGUGUUUGUGGAGCAUGGCACCUGGGAAAACUUCAGGUUGGACUUUCGCAAGCAAGAAGGCUAGCUCAAGGUAAAGUCAUCAAGAUACACUCUUCCAGUCCUUUCCCAGUUCAAAUCGACGGGGAACCAUUUAUCCUGCAACCAGGCUACAUGGAAUUAACUCAUCGUGGGCAGGUAUUCAUGAUGAGGAGGACUUCUGAAGAUGAACCUAAAGGCCAAGCAGCUGCUAUAAUGACAGAAGUAUUACUAGAAGCCGAGUCUAAGGGCAUUAUUAGUACAUCUCAGAGAAAAGUUCUUCUCAAGGACAUAGCCAUCAAUCUUUCGUAAGAUCUGUUUCUUGUUCAGCCUUCUUAAAUAGUUGCCCGUACUUGGGUUUUUGCGCUAUAGUCCUUUUUUUAGGACCAUUUUUGGUAAUUUCCAAAAAUAUGUAGAGAAAGGUAUAGUUACACUUCCAUGAAGCAGCUAAUGUAAGAGUGAAAACUGUUGCUUCUAACACACGGUAUGUUGUGUAUGUUGCAACCCGGCAUAUUACAUUUUCUUCCAGUCUUUGUAGUUAUACUACCACCAACCAAAUUAGAUUAGAAAAAAAAACACUGAUAUGUAUAUGUUCACGGGUCUUUGUAUUUUUUUUUGUAUAACAUGGUGUGUGUGUGGGCAGAGCUCUCUGCAAGUUAAAAAACAGCUUCCAAGGGCCUUUCUUUUGUGUAUUUAUUUAUCUCGCUGGAUAAAAGUGUAUUGUUUUUUAA